AUGUUAGAUUCAGUUCCAGCAGUCCAGAUAAACUCCAUAAGUCAACUGGUCCAAGGACCAUUACUUCUAAUGACUUGGCUUGCAUCUCUCAAUGAGGAUGAGGAAAUGUUUACUGAAGAUGACCUGCCAGAUGCUCCAUCAUCCCCAUUAUCUCAAACAAUACACACAACUGGGAUGGAACCCUCCUUCCAGUCCUCUGGUUCACCCAGAUCACCUUUGAUAGAGCCAGCAUGGGAGUCAUUGGCACUGUCUCCCUCCUCUAGCAGCCCAUUGGUUGAGCCUCCUUGGGACUCCAUAUCAACACACCUCUCUGACAGCACCCUGUUACUUGAGCCAGCAUGGGACAAAUCGCCACUGCCUGUUGCCCCAGUUCCCAGCCCAACAACAUUUGCAUCACCUGGUGGCAAUUUCCCUGGUCCUUGUCAACCUAUGGACCUUUCAGAUGCUCCUGCAUCAUUCAGCUCCACAUCAAUACCACUGGCUAGAUCCCCAUCACUGGUGCCAAUCCCAUUGUUGCAUUCAGAGCUUUUAGCAGUCUCCCAGGAGUUUGCCAUACAGCCAGGAGUUGAUACUCCACAAACUGAGUCUAAACAUGUCUACCAGUUCAAAUGUCAAGGCAGAUCUCCAGUGUCAUGGCUAGGAGUGGGGUAUUAUGCCAAUACCCUGGUGGAUACAACCAGGGAGUGGCGAUCACAUGUUGAGUGGCAUGCCAUGCUUACCAGAUUCUGGCAACAGUUAGCAGAUCUUCUGGAGGAAGAGCUGGCAGGUGUAGGCUACCAUCUUAAACCAGACCAGCUUUAA